CUGUCUCUACCUCUUAAUGUCACCUUUGUCUCAUUUUUUGGUCCUAACUAAAAUGGCCCUCUGUUCCUGCCCUUAACUCUUAGAACCAUGGGGCCCAUCCCAGCAUAUGCAAGUGGGAAAGUGGGCUGGUGGACAAGGGGCCUCCCCUGUAGUUAAGCAUUUGUAAGAUGCUCAGGUUGGAGGUAGAUGAAUCCCACAGAUUUCUAAUGUAUGCUGAGCCCCCAGAGCCUGUCCUCUGUAUCCACAGCUCCCCAUCUGAAGAUUCAACCAACUACACAGCAAAUAGAAAAACACACACUAUUCUAGUCAGUGCUGAGCUCACAUUGGCAUUACUCCCAGAGAAAUAAGGUGUAGUCGUUGUUUAUAUAGCAUUUGGCUUUUAUUAGCUAUUAUAAAUCAUCAGGGGUGGUUUGAUGGGACGGAAAGAUGUGUAGAGGUUAUAUGUAAACACCGUGAUGCUUUACGUAAAGGGUUUGAACAUUCCUGGCUUGUAAUGUCUGUAGAGCCCUAGAACCAGUUCUCCACAGGUACAGAGGGAGGACUGUGUUCUUCCUACUCAACAGCGAGGGAGGCUGAGGCUGGCAAUUUGCAGGACACUGCAUAGUCAGAAAGCAGCCCACUGGGAUCUAGAUGUGCCCACCGGCCACAGCUGUGUCUCCGUCGCUGUCACAAAUGCUAAACCCGAGGACUGAGAAGGCUGAGCAGAGUGGUUCAGCCGGCUGCUGCCAGUGGAGCUUAUGGAAUCUCCCAGGACUAUCCCAAGAUUCUCAGUGGGACCAAUGGGACCAACGGUUUUCUCCCAGGUGGCUACACCUGCCUCCCCCACUCUCAGCCUUGGCAGGCAGCUCUACUGGUCCAUGGACGGCUUCUCUGUGGAGGCGUUCUGGUUCACCCCAAAUGGAUACUCACCGCAGCUCACUGCAGAAAAGAGUCAGCCCCACCCACCUGAACCAUGACCAUGACAUCAUGCUUCUGGAGCUGAAAUCCCCAGUCCAGCUCAGCAGCCACAUCCGUACUCUGCCACUCUCCCCAGACGACUGCCUACCCACUGGCACCUGCUGUCGCGUUUCUGGCUGGGGCACCACCACCAGUCCCCAGGUGAAUUACCCUAAAACCCUGCAGUGUGCCAACAUUGAACUGCGCUCAGAUGAGGAGUGCCGGCAGGUGUAUCCCGGGAAGAUCACUGCCAACAUGCUCUGUGCUGGUACCAAAGAAGGCGGGAAGGACUCUUGUGAGGGUGACUCCGGGGGCCCACUGGUUUGCAAUGGCAAACUCUAUGGCAUCAUUUCAUGGGGAGAUUUUCCAUGUGGACAGCCCAACCGACCUGGUGUCUACACACGAGUCUCAAAAUAUCUGCGUUGGAUCUGGGAGACCAUCAGAAACACUCCGAAGCAGAGAUGGACAAAGGACAUACAAUAAAAUUGGGUUAAUUUGCCUGCCUCCCCCCACCCACUGUGCCUAACUCACGGUGUGCUCCUCCCUUCUCUGUUCCCUCUGCCUUAAGUGUCCCUUUGGAACCACGGAGUCACAUUCACUACCGGCCACUUCCCCUCUACCAGCCUUGAAACACCUCAAUAACUUGAGUUCUCCAACCCAAAUACCAUCCAAGUCCACAGCUCCAUCAUCAUGGCCACCAUAAACUGGAGCUGAUAGUUUGAUACCUGCAUAUCCCAACUCUAUUCAUGCUAUUCAGUCCUUUCAUUAACUCAUCUCAGUAGCAUUCUGUAGAUAGACCUUCCCCAAGAGCUUCUUGGAACCCUCAAAAUAUUUACCCCGACAAAACUGUAUAUUUUAUAUUCAAGAAGGUUCUAGACUCCUUGCAUUCUGAAAGUCUCUCUUGUCCAGAAUCUUCUGCCCUAACCACAUCCUGUGCACUUCAAGGUGACUCACCACAGCUAUUCUAGACCCUCUGCAUGGCUCAUUCCUACUCCGAUAUCCUGACACAAACUUCAUCCCACAUUCUACAAGGCCCAGCCCCUGUCAACUCUGCCCCUCUCUGAGUCACUGCCACUGCAGAGCAACAGGAGCCAAAGGGCCUCCUUCCUAGCUCUCAUCACCCCCACAAGUCUCCUUUUACCUCCCCUAUGAACAUCCCUACCUAAUCAACAGUCCUUGUUUUCAUAUCUUUGCCUAUGACCUUGCAUCUGCUUAAUGCUAAUCCCUGCUUUGAAUAAGUCAUAAAACUCACAACUUCCUUGCUUC